UAAAAUUCACCAAGGCAGUGUCCUUGGUUUUAAUGAAUUGCAUAUAGACAAAGUUUUACAAAAGAUUUCCUAGUCAGCUGAUGGUCAAAUUGCGUUUUUGGCCACAAUGUCCGAUUUCAAUGAACUGUGCUAACGAAACGAGUGUUUAAAUACAAUGAGUGAAACAUGAUUGUGUUGAACUGUGUUUAUAUACAUCAGCUGAGAAAAUGACAGUGUCAUAAUACGAUGAAAGAGAAAAAUAAAUUGGAUAAAUCGCCAUAAAUCGUACCUAUAACAUCUACUAGUGCAAUAACUAAAAAGCCGCAUAAAUGAUGCUGUACGUGUUUCAUGUGGACAGUGGCACAAUGAAGACUUUUGACAUGAGACUUGUCUCAGAGAGCGUCGACCUACUGAAACAAGCCGUGGAACAGUCAUCGGGUAUUCCAGUCGACAAGCAAGUUCUCCUCAUAAGCGGUGGAGAGUGUCUCGAUGGAAAGAAGAGUAUAGCGGCAUAUGCGGCCGGCACAGACACUAACCCAAUAUUUCUCUUUAGUAAGACGGUACUCGAGACUCCCGGCGUUCCACCACCCUCUGGCGAGUCCGACUUUAGAGAUGAUACCGAUGAGAAGAUUCGGGAAGCGAUGGAUCUGCCGGCAUCGUUCAAUACAGUGCACCGACGUACGCAGCUCGCUCAGUUGCUUUACGAACGUGCUAAAGAACAAUUGAACGUGUGCGAGAGGCUGGUGCACGAUCAACACCUGCAACAGCAGGGAUGGUCGGCAGUGGUGGCCAGCCUAGAGGACAUCACUGUUGAACUGAAGAAGAGAGCCGAAUCCUUUAAACUCGUUUUCGUCGAUUAUCUUCAGAAGCGCGAGUUCUUUGUAGAGAUAUCGAGAAGUUUUCAGGAAGAUAUCGACAUGUUGAAAAGAAUCCCUGUUUUACACAUUUUAGAUAAAUCGAGAACUCGCUUAGGCAUGCCGGAUUUACAAGCUUCUAAAGAGGAAGAGACGGAUACGCAAACGUCACAAUCCACGGAAACGUCUAAUGCUGAAGAGAAAACUUUGUCUUUAUAUGAAUGGUUAGCAAGAGAUGGAGUAGAUAUGGUUAACUUGCAUGAGCAUUGUAAAAGAGGACUCGACAAUUUUACCAAUGAUGUAUACCAAAAUAUGACCUUAGAAGUCCUAGAUACUCUUGCCAGUGCAGACAAUAAUCAAAUGAAAGAGGUAAAAGGUUUAGGAGAGCGACUUAUUGGUUUGGAAACUUUAAUGAGAGAAGCAAAACGAAAAGUGCAAGAACAUGCGGAAAAUGCGAAAUCUUUUCAUAACAACCAAUCUCGAGUUAGCAAUCUCAAAGAUGCAUCGAUUUUGCCAGACCUGUGCGCCUCGCACCGCAAACAACUCGCCCAAAUGAAUGCUAACUACCAACAAUUAUGCGAUAUUCGUCGGCGUUGCGCCAAAGCCAAAGAGGAGUUGAGUGCGAAUCUUUUCCAUCGUCUCAAAUGGGUCAUGUUCAUCCAAAACAAGAUCUUCAACAUCGACCAACAGCUCAUCUACUUUCAUGACGGUCUCGCCAGACUCAAGAAGGUCUUAGAAUGCGUACAGCAGAUCCACGUUACUCCCGCCCUCUAUCUGUGCACGGUUGCGGAGGUUGUGCACCGCCGAAAAUUUUCGCAGUCGUUUUUGAUGUGGGCUUCAGAUUUGGCCUGUCAACUGCUCGCCAUCUAUAACACUGAAGUUUCGCGUAGGAAAGACUUCCAGGCACAAUUUAGAACACAUUUUUUGAACUCGCUAUUUCUUGGAAUGAACGAUAUGCCGCCAGCGUUUGCCACCCAGGCACCACCACCAUUCGAUUCGGAACUUCCACGCCUCACAUUGGAAGAUGUCGAAAGGCUUCGUGUCGAGCUUCCCGAAUUCGCUGAGCAUCUUGAGAUGCCGGACGAUAGCGGGUUUACCAAUUUCUUUAUGAUUAAAUCCAUGAUAAAAACUGAACUUGAUAAAAUGGACGAGGCGACGGAAAUGAACGUUGACGAGAAACUGCAGCAAGCAAUGCAAGGAGUCGGACUCGUCGACAAUUUAGACAAUAAUUUAAUGCCUGUUACAGGCACCGAGCCUACUGUCGCGGCCACACAUGCUCUGCCACAUUUGCGUGAUAUUGACCGAGGCUGUGAGUCUGAAACAGACACCGAGGAAUUCGAGAAAGUGGGCCAGAGUCCGUUGGAUCCUUCACCUCGGCCCGGCACUCAAGAUGCCGCCACUUCAAUAGAGGAUAAUUUGCAAAUCUCAAGAAGCGAGCAUGAACGACUGAAAGGAACUUUAGAAACUUUAGGUAUUUUAUCUACCGAAGCUUUAAAUCAGUUAAGAACUGAGCUGUCUCAAAUUAAAAAAAUAUUUAUUACUGAAAAGGAUGGUUUGGAAGGUGAUUAUUGUAAUCUUGUCAAAUACCAAAAUCUUGUGUUGGAAGCGCGUAAGGCUGAUCAAGCAACAAUCGAGUCGUUAACAUCUACAAUUAACUCGAUGAAAAACAUGUUCGAGGAAAAAGAAAACGAGUUCAGCAGUCUAAAAAUUGCUGAGAUAGUCCUACAACAGAAAUACCAGAAAGCGAUUGACGAUUACCAUGAAAUUAGAACGAACUUAGCAAAAUUGAAUGAAGAACAUUCAAUGCAAAUUGUACAACUCCAAAAAGAAAUCACCGAAAAGGACUUGGAGAAAGAAAAGGUCUUAAAAGAAACGGUCGAUCGAUUAAAUCGUGAACACAAGGCAGAAUUGGAGAAUAUUCGAUCUAGAUUCAAGCUCAUGACGAUGGAAAGGAGUCCUUCUGAUUCAAGCUUGGAAAAAAUUGGCGAUUUUAGUAGCAUACCCAACCACGAGAGUAUUCUACAACAGAUGAACGAAACCUUCGAGAUGACCAAGGACAAAGCGAUCAAGGAGGCAAUUGAUAGAGAAAACGUUCGCUGGAAGAGCGUCUUGGAUGAAAGGAUCUUGGAAAUGACUAGGAAAUUUGAAGAAGAAAAACAACAAUUGCUCGAUGAUGUAGCUAAAAAAAUUCAGGAAGAAAAAGACAAGCAAAUCGACAUCCUCCGGGAGAGGGUAAAUAAUUUGAAUCUUGAAAUUGCAAAGCACAAAAGUACCAUCCAACAACUGACUGAACAAGAGACAUAUUCAGAUCAGAAGGAGAAAGCUGAACUGAAGGAAAAAAUUGACCAACUGUCCAAAGAAAAUGAAGCUCUAAGACGUGAGAUGGAGAAGAAGCCGACUCAUUCUGAUAUGGCUGCAUCUGUUGCUGUUUUAGAGGAAACCUCGCAAGUCGCAACUGAAAACCUAGCGACAUCCACUUCUGCAGAAGUCGCUAUGAUACAAUCAGCUGCGGAAAGUAUAUGUGAAUCAAGCACUGCAAGUAGAACCAGCAAAAUUAGGAAACCUUAUACUGAUAGAUGUCCAAUAGGUUCGGAGGUUGAAAUCUACUGGGAUACGACACAUCAAAACUAUCGAGUCGAUGUCGAUGGUAAAUUGUAUUUCUUGCACUGUGAUUAUCUGUCUGUGAUGGAUUUGGAAGUGGUGAACGGUAUUCCGAACAAGACACGUGUCGUUGCUGAAGUAAUUGAAAAAGAAUAUUGUAUCUCUAAGAAGGAUGACAACCGGUAUAAAGUUCCCAAGGGCAAGAAAUUCUUCAGAGUGAAAGUAAAACCUGUGGACGGUAUGGGACGAAGCGAAUCACGUACUGCUGGAAGACCUCCUCCAAUACCAGAAAUUUUAGGCGCGGAGCCUGCGAUCUCUGAGAUCGAGCAGCCGGAAGAGAUACUCCCCGAAAGUAUCGAAAAGAACUCCUUUCAAGAUAGUGGCUGUGUUGAAGAACAAGUUGAAGAAGCUGCAGUCGCUAUUGAAAAGCUAAAUCCAGGAUCUGGUGAAGAGAGUGACGAUCGGUACAUGGAUAGUUCCAUGAAAUUGUCCAAAAGUCGUCCAAACUGGUUAGGAAUGAUGGUGAGCCGAUUAUUUGGUAAAAACGAAGACAUCUAGGUGAAACAAUAAAUAGUACGUAAAUUUGUUGAAAUGAUUUUUUCGUAUUUCUAACAAAUGUCUCGACCACACUUUGCCUUUUAUUAAUGGUGUGCUACUAAUAUCACAUGACUAAUUCGGGUAUUUAAUUGUUCCUUUCUUAAAUUUCAAGGUAAUGGCCACUGGAUAGAUCCUUGAAGCACUUCUUUUUAUUAUUGUUCCUAUUGCAAUCCUUCCAUGCAUUUGCUGCUUAUUUUUCAGGAAAAUACGUCUAAUCUAAUUUUGAAGAAAUGCUGAAAAUUGUUUAUUAUAAAGUGAGGUUUUUUUAUUUGAAACCAUCAAUCUUUUGGCUAUUUUAUUUCAGUAACUUUAUCUAAAGAUUGAUUACUUUCAAUUGAAAAAACGCUAACUUAUUUUCUUUAGGCCUUAAUUGUGGAUAUAUGUAAGACUAAUGUUAGUUUUAAAUUCGAUUAGCCGUACAUAAUAUAAAUUACUAUAAAAAUACAAAAAUUAAAGCCUAGAUUUCACGUUUAUAGAAGACAGAGUAAAAUAAAUCGAUAACGUUUUAUUUAAUGUGAUAAUCAAGCCUUUUUGUAGAUAUAAUGUUGCAUCGCCCGGUAUAUUUUAUUUCCAAUUAUGUAUGCAGGUCAAGUGUUGUAAAACUAUUUGAGUGACUUCAGGACCAACAUAUUUUAUUAUUAUUCGAGUUUUUAUUAUGUAAACCAAAUAUCUGGCCCUGAUAAUGGAAAUAUAAUUGCAAUAUAAUUUUGCGAUGUUUCAAUUCAUGACAGAAAAAAUUAAAUCAAAACAAUACUGGAUCAAAAUACACAUUGGAAGGUUGAGAGAUGUGAUUAGCCAUGAAAUUUCUAUUUAUAUAAAUAAUUUAAGUAAAACUUUUUUGUCAAAGCGUAUUGUUAUUAAACAACAAAUAUUAAAAUAAAUGACUUAGAAAGUAUUUGCAGUGUAGCUUUAUAUUAUCUAUGAAUUUCCAGGAGUGACAUAUUUUAGUGUUUUUUUUUGUCGUUUUGUGAUACUUUGUUGUAACUCCGGACCUGUCGAAAGGAAAAAUUUGUAAUAUCUUUAUUAAUUGUGUUUAUUCCUUUUUAUCAGAUCUCCGGUUACUUACGAAAUACAAUAUGUACCUAAUGAUUAUUACCUUUAUUGUUCACAUUGAUGUCCUUUUGUUAUGAUAUAUUAGAAUGCUAUAUUCUUUUAUAAUGCGUCUAAGUUUGAUAAGUAAUAUUUAAUUUAAGCAUUGUAUAAUAUUUACAAAACAUUUUUAUAUGAAAUGCCAAGUGCAAUAAAUUUAGAUAAAUAUA